AUGCAGCAGGACCCCAACAAGUCGCACCAGACGCAGCAGUCCGUCCAGGACCAUGCAGAGCAAGUCCUACGCGAGCAGCUGCUUGCUGCCCAUCUCCAGAAUGCCGCUCAUCCUGCUCCGCCGCCGCCUCGCCCGCAGCCUGGUGUCGCCGCUCACCUCCAGGCCGCCGCGGCUGCUGCCGGCGCCGGCGGGCAGAGAGACCACAUCAACAUAGACCCAGCCAUAUCAGGCAUGCCGGGAGCUCAGCAGGUGCAUACCACGGCUGGCAUGCUCGCGCAGCCGCCGCAGGCCCAGGUCCAGGUCGGCCAGCAGGACAUGGGCGGCGGAGGGUCCAUGGACGAAGGUAGUGACUCGCGCAAGAUCUACGGUAAACGCGAACUCUCGUCUUCCAAGCGCGCCGCCCAGAACCGUGCUGCUCAGCGCGCGUUCCGCCAGCGCAAAGAGGGGUACAUCCGCAAACUUGAAGAACAGGUCAAGGAAUACGAGAUGCUACUGGAGAACUACAAGGCCAUCCAGGCUGAAAACUACCAGCUACGCGAAUACAUCAUCAGCCUGCAGUCACGGCUCAUCGACUCCCAGAACGAAGUCCCAGAGUUGCCCGGUAACAUUGACCUGAGCCAGCCGCGUCCAGAGCCGGCCAUGCUUACAUCCCCAGGCCAGCAGCAGGGACAGCAGGGACAGCAACAGCAGGCCCAUCAGCAGGGUGGCGCCGGAGCAGCCGGCCAGCCAGGCGCAGGUCAGCAUGCCACCUCCAGACCGCAGUCAGAGCUAAACGCACUCAACCAGAUCGCCGUUGCGGGCUUGGGCAUGAGGAAGCACCAGCAUGAGGAGGCCGCGUUCUUGGGGCAGAGCGGGAACUUCUCCAAGCGCACCAGGCAGGAUGGACAGGAUGACACGCAGGGAGAACAGUCCAAGUCUGAUCAGCUCUAG